AGUCUUGUUUUUCAGAAAAUAAACCCCUAUUUUUCAGUUUGUAUUACACCACAAAAUAGUACAAGGGCUUUUCCAGAUGCUUUUCUGUGUGUAUGUGCAUAUCUGUCCAUGAGGUGCGUUAACGUGCAUAUUACUCACUUGGGGACUCGCACAGUGUAUUCAGUGCCAGAGGAACUGCUGCUCCCUUGUGAAACAAACACAUCCACAGAUUUUUUUUUAGAGGGCUUUAUCUCGGCACUGGACCAGCACCAAAAAGUCCACAGCGUGUUUUAAACUUCGUCACAGCUGCAUGAUGGGCUGAGAAGGACCUGUCAUGGUGAACUUAUGUGCCUCUUCACUUCUCCUGGGAUCCCUCUUCAUCCUUGGCCAUUGUGCUUUUCCUCCUGGUUCAUGUGAUGGAUACCAAAACAUAACCCAUCCAUGGCGCAACAAAGCAUUUACAUCAAAUUCCUUCACCGGCUACCCCAAGGAUGAUGUGCAUCUUGUUGGGUCAUGGUGGCGCUUCACAGGGAUUGGUGGAGACAGAAUCAUUUCAAGCUGCAUUGGGUCCUCUCUAGGUGGUUCCUAUUAUCCCAUCUAUGUUCCAUUUUCAUAUCCAACAGCUGAAUCUGUAACUCCAACAACAGGGACUGCAUAUACUUAUUAUUCAUCGUGCAGUAGUUACGGUCGUACGAUGAGCAUGGCUCUCUGUCCUGGAGGAUUCUAUGUAUACAAACCAGCAAGUCACUCAGUCACCCAUUCGGCUUAUGCAACCUAUCAUUAUGAUUGUAAACCAGACUCCUGUGGACCACUUGCUCAGUGUAACACGGAUGGAGGCUGCGUUUGUGUUUCUGGGUAUGAAAUCCCACCAACGCACCUACCCACAGGUGAUACAUAUGGUUGUGUUGACAUUGAUGAGUGUCAAAAGGCUUCAGAAACCUGUGGUCCUUAUUCCAGUUGUAACAACACUGUUGGAUCAUACAACUGCACAUGUCUGAUUGGAUUCAACGCAGCAAAUCCAGCAUUACCAACUGAAAAUUCCAACCUAUGCAACGAUAUUGAUGAGUGUCUCGACAAUGUCUGUGGUGAUGGUGGGACAUGUGACAACAAACCAGGAAGUUAUUCAUGUGAAUGCCAUAAAGGCUACCAGAUAGUACCCGACGCAACUCCUGUUUGCCAAGAUAUUGAUGAAUGUUUCAACUCCACUAUCUGUGGCCCUGACUCUGUUUGCACCAACACACCUGGAGCUCACACCUGUGCAUGUGAAGUGGGGUACACACCAACUCAACCAGACCAGGAACCCAGCGAGAACAACAUCUGCCUUGAUAUUGAUGAGUGUGUGAAAGACCCUCCCAUCUGUGGUCCUAGUUCCAACUGCACAAACUCAAUCGGGUCUUACAACUGUACUUGCUUCAUUGGUUAUCGACUGAACAACCCAGAUGUGAUAGCCAGCUUGGCUAACCCAUGCACAGAUAUAGAUGAGUGCAGUGAGACACCUGGUUUAUGUGGUAAACAAACUGUGUGUACUAAUGAACCAGGGACCUUCUAUUGUUCUUGUCCGGAUGGAUUUUUCCCUUCAACAGGAAUCUUGUGGAAGAUGGGUGUCUCAUUUUGUCAAAGUCUUCAAGAUAUUCUAGAUGCAAUUGUACCACCAGAGGGUCAGACGAAAGAGAGAGCAUUUCUUGGCAAUAUGGAUCAACAACUUAAGAACAACACUGGUGUGGUCUUACCUGAAGCUACAGUGGCCAAUAGCUUUUCUGCAUCUAUGGAGGUGUCUGGUGUUGGACCAGUUGCCAGGUCAAUCAGCGUUAGUAGUGAAGGAGAUGGGGAGACUGGCAGUGUGAUUCUGGGCAUCUCAGACCGUCUAGUUGCUGCGAUGGUGUCGCCAACUCAGAACCAAACCAGAAAAGCAGUGCAGACUUCAACAGUGGAUUUGAGCCUACGUACCAUGGGUCCAGGGAGUCAUGAUGACAUCAGUGUCCUCCUGUCCGCCAAAGGACAGACCAUGGAUAUCAACUUGCAGUCUCUGGCUGAAAAGAACAAUGGUUCAGCAGCUGUUGCCUUCAUGACACUGACUGGGAUGGAGAGUCUUCUCAGUCAUCAGUACUUUAAAACAGAAAACAAGACAGAGAUGUACUCGGACGUUUUCACCGCAAUAUUACCCUCAGUAAACCACACCAACCUCACUGAGCCUGUCAACUUCACCAUCCAACACAAGAAGAAAGUCCCUGAAUCUGGAAUAGUGACUUGUGUGUACUGGGAAGAAAAACAUGAGAACAAUGAUGAGGCAGGAAAAGAGGGAGAGACGAUGCGUUGGUCAGUGGAGGGAUGUUGGGUUGCAUACUCUGAUGAAAACUACACAGUGUGCAGCUGCUCUCACCUUUCUACCUUUGCCCUCAUCAUGCAAAUUGGAGAGCCUCCACCACAGAAUGCUUUCUUAGACUGGCUGAACCGAAUGUGUGUGAUUGUCGGACUUUUCUUCUUUGCUUUGGCCAUCCUCACCUUCCUCCUGUGUAGCUGGAACCCCAAGAUCAACAACACAGCCCGUCUUCAUCUCUGCCUCAACCUCGCCUUGUCUCAUCUGCUGCUGCUGUGGAGUGACAAAUAUGUUGAAAAUGAGCUGGCCUGCACUGUUAUGGCAGGGUUACUCCACUUCUUAGUUACUGCAAGUUUUGUGUGGAUGCAGCUUGAAGCCCUACAGCUUUACCUGCUGGUCCGAAGGCUCUCCAAGGUGCAGGUGAUCCAGAGAGAUGGCCUCCCCAAGCCGCUUCUCUACCUGGUUGGCUAUGGUAUUCCAUUUGUGAUUGUAGGUAUUUCUGCACUGGUGUACUCUGAUGGAUAUGGUGCCACUGAGGCAGGGAUGUGCUGGCUUUCAAAACGUCGCAAUUUCAAUUGGGCUUUAACAGGCCCUGUGUUUGCUGUCAUUGGACUUAAUUGGAUAGUGUUCUGCACUACAUUAUGGAGUCUGAGACCCACCUUGGCCAACAUGAGAAGUGAUAUUUCUCAAUCCAAAGACACCAGGUUGAUUUUGUUCAAGAUCCUGGCCCAGUUUGUCAUACUGGGCUGUACCUGGAUUCUAGGCCUGUACCAGACAAACCUUUUCUUCCAGGUCCUCUUCAUUUUCCUCAAUUCCCAGCAGGGAACCUUCCUUUUCAUUGUACACUGUCUGCUCAACAAGGAGGUGAGAGAAGAGUACAAAAGAUGGCUGACAUGCUCUUUUGGAGAGGAUAACACUGUGGAGAAAGAUGUACCUUCAGUCUCUGAAGACUUGGACAAGCCUGAGGCACAAACAAAUCAGGAGAGAAAAGAUGAUGAAUAAUCAUUAUGAAAUGAGCAGAAAACAUGGAGUCAGUCUUUUAUUCAUGUUUAGAAAUAAUUGUUUCAUGAAGGCUAAAGGUGACUUGUAUUUCAAACAUGAAUGUCUACAUUUAAAAUGUAUCAUUGUAUCUCUCUUAUUGUUGUAGUUGGCCAUGGACUUGUAUUUUGAACUAGUACUCAGGUUUAUUUCGGUUUUACUUAUAAUACAAUGAAACAGUGCAACAA